AUGGAGAAGCAAACAGCCAUAGCCUCUUCUUGUCUCUUCCUUUUAUACAUCGCCACGUUUACAGAAGUUCUUGAAGCACAUCAUCACCAUCAUCGUCAUAAUCGUCAUGGUUCUAUGAAGCUUUUCGUUUUCGGGGAUUCGUAUGCUGAUACUGGAAAUACUGGAAAAUCCGUGUCUGCUUCAUGGAAGGAACCUUAUGGCAUCAAUUUUCCGGGAAAGCCAGCUGGUCGAUUUUCAGAUGGUUUCGUGCUUACCGAUUAUAUAGCUUCCUUUUUGGGCAUAGGCUCUCCCGUGCCUUACACAUUGAGAAAAUUUGUGAAGAAAUCAAAACUAGAGUCUGGGAUGAACUUUGCAUAUGGAGGGACAGGUGUUUUUGAUACAGUGUUUGGUGGACCAAACUUGACCACCCAAAUCGACUUUUUCCAACAGCUGCUUGAACAAAAACUCUAUAGUACCAAAGACGACGUCGUUAACUCGUCCAUUGCUCUCGUAUCAGUUGCGGGUAACGACUACGCUGCUUAUUUUGGCAACCACACUGAGGAUUUCGCAGCGGCCACCAAAUCCAUUAUUAAGCAGCUUGCUGUGGAUCUAGAGCGUAUACAUGGGUUGGGAGUGAGAAAAAUAGCUGUUACAGCAAUAGGGCCCCUGGGAUGUCUGCCCCGCAUGACUUCAUUUCUUUCAUAUCAGAAUUGUAGUGAAGUUGCCAAUUUGGUUUCAAUUUUCCAUAACCAGAUUUUGCGUCAAAAAGUUGAAGAGUUGAACAAGGAGACUAAGAAAUCUUCAUUUGUAAUCUUGGAUCUUUAUAACGCAUCUCUGUCUGCAAUUAUGCUCCCAAAACACCAUCAAGGAUACUCGACACUCCAGAUUAAUCCACUGAAGCCAUGUUGUGUUGGGGUGAGCAAGGAAUACUCAUGUGGGAGUGUGGAUGAGAGUGGAGCAAAGAAGUACAUUGUAUGUGAUAAGCCCAAACUUUCUUUCUUUUGGGACACGAUUCACCCUUCGCAGAAUGGCUGGCAUGAAGUUUAUUCCGCUAUAAAAUCUUCUCUUCGUCAAUUGUAUUUGUGA